AUGGCACAGAAGGUGAAAGCGGCUGCAAUAUGGCUGCUGUUGUUGCUUCAUGGCGUUGUUGUUCUUGGAGAACGUACGCGCGAUCAAAUGUACCAGCCCAUCAUGGGCGCCAGUUGUUUCCGGCGCUUGAAUGGCACACAUCAGACUGGAUGCUCGUCAACGCAUUCGGGCUCUGUCGGUGUACUACACUUAAUAAAUGUUGAAGCCGACUUGGAAUUUUUGCUCACCAGUCCACCAUCGCCACCAUAUGCACCACUCAUUCCACCACAUUUGUUCACCAGGAACAAUAUAAUGCGCCUGAAAGAGGCUGGGCCAAAGAUAAUUUCCGUUGUGCUGCUGAUAAAUAAGCCGGAGAAAAUGAAACAAUUUUCUCAUGAGCUCAACUGUCCGAAUCAGUACAGCGGACUGGGCAAUAGUAGUGGGACUGCGACCUGUGAUGCGAGUAACGUUGCCUCCACAUGGAAUCCUUGGGGCACGGGUCUCUUGCAUGAGGAUUUCCCUUUUCCCAUUUAUUACAUAGCCGAUCUGGACGAAAUUAAUAAAUUGGAGAAUUGCUUUGAAAAGUUCAAUAACUUUGACUACGAAUCACAUGCAAUGCGCAGCUUAUGUGCUGUGGAAGUGAAGUCCUUCAUGUCGGCAGCUGUUAACUCUGAGGUGUGCAUGCGUCGGACAAAUUUCAUCAACAAUCUUGGCGGCACCAAGUACUGUGAUCCCUUGCAGGGACGCAAUGUCUAUGCCACAUUAUAUCCGCGCAAUUCGCCUGAAAACACCGAUGAUGGUAAACGAAUUGUCAAUCCAAUCGAGAAAUAUAUAAUUGUAUCAUGUCGUUUGGAUACCACAAGCAUGUUCGAUGGUGUGGGUUUGGGUGCAAUGGAUUCGCUCAUGGGCCUGGCCACUAUGACGAUGGUGGCGCAAAUGCUGCGGAUCUUGUUGCCUGCACAGAACUUGUUGCCUGAUCCGCACCGGAAUGUGCUAUUUGUGGCAUUUAAUGGCGAAUCAUAUGAUUAUAUUGGCUCCCAGCGAUUCGUCUAUGACUUGGAGAAUCUGGAUUUUCCCACCCGUUCUACGCGAUCCAGUCCAAUCUCUUUUGAAAAUAUUGAACUAAUGCUAGAUAUUGGAACACUAGACGACAUAGCCAACAUUAAGCUGCACACACUCCACAAAUCUUCAUCGUUGGCCCAGCAAUUGCUACAGCAGCUUAACCGCUAUGCAAAGUCAUCGCGGUACAAUUUUAAAGUGAACUUCGAAUCUAGUGUCGGAUAUCAUAUGCCACCAACAUCAGGGCAAUCGUUUUUGCGUCGUGAUUCCAAUUUCCCAGCGUUCAUUUUGAAUGCGGUACCUGGCAACAGAUACUAUCACUCCAUUUAUGAUGAUCCCGAUAAUGUGGCCUUUGUAUAUGCCAAUACCAGUCAAGAUUACACAACGUUGACCGAUGUAAGCGACUUCAAGGACUUUGACACCAAUUCUCUGCAAAUGAAAGUACGGAAUGUGUCCUCAAUAGUGGCCAUGACGCUUUAUGAGACCUUAACUGGUAAAGAGUAUCAAGAGAGCAAAGUGGCCAAUCCCUUCUUGGCAGAUGAGUUUUUCUACUGCUUUCUUCAAUCGUCCGACUGUCCACUGUUUAAAGCUUCUUCGCAUCCGGAUAGUCCAAGUGGUCUACCACUUCCGCCCAUGCGCUACAUAAGUGUAUUGGGAGGCUCGCAAGAAUCAUCAGGUUGGACAUAUCGCCUGCUUGGCUUUUUGCUUUCGCAACCACAACCACAAGUGCCAAUGGAAAAUUGCACCCAACUGCCAAUGUCAUAUUUUGCGGGCUUUAAUGGCACUGGAGAGUGUCGUCUCACAACCCAGAACUACACAAGUGCUUUGAGUCCCGCAUUCCUUAUGGAUGAUUACGAUUGGAGCUCAAGGCAGUACUCAACAUGGACUGAAUCAACUUGGUCGCAGUUUAGCGCACGCAUCUUCUUACGACCGUCAAAUAUGCAUGAAAUAACCACUUUAAGCAUUGGCGUUGUGGUGUUUAUCAUAUCCUUCUGUCUUAUAUACAUUAUCACCUCACGCUGGGAGGUACUUCUUGAUGAUGUCCCAGCUAGUAAUGCGGCAUUUCCGCAGCCAACGGCCUGCUAGUAACAGAAAAAUCGGAAGGAUAUACACAAGAAUUAACAGAACACUAAAAAAAAAACGGGAAUUGACAUUUAAAUGUUAGUAAAUACCCAAAACACAGAAAGACCUCUAACAAGAAGACAGAAAAAUUAUAUUCUAACUUACUCAGCUUAAGUUUUAGGAAAUAAAAAUCUAUUUAUAUGUAUUUUUGUAUUUUAAACACGUAUAUUAUACAUAAUUGUAUCAUAAUUAGCAAUUUCUUCCAACGUUACUUAAAGAAAGUUUGCUUUUAGUUGUAAAUUAAGCACACAGAAAUAAGUAUACUAAAAGUAAAUGAACAA